GCGCAGACAAGAUCGUUGCGUAACCACAUGAAACAACAGCAGCCCGCAGAGUCGCGUCCUGUGCGCGGUGGUUUCGUUCAUGACGGGAGUUUAAUAGUGAUUCCGAUCCACGCUUUAAAAAGCAGCGAUAUGAAGGUGAGCAAAAUAUAACUACAGGAGUCAGCAUUCAGAACCGAGAAACACUCGCAGAAAGCAGUAAACUCUUCAGUUCAGUCCCUUCCACCAUGUUUGCGUUAAUAAUACUGCUGUUAAUCUGCGUUGUCUUCAUCGUCGUUCAACUCAAAUCCCGAAGGCCCAAGAACUUUCCACCAGGACCCCCAGUCUGGCCGAUACUGGGGAACAUUUUGGACCUGAGCCUGGAGAACCCCCUGAAGGACUUUGAGAGGUUGAAGAAGACCUAUGGAAAUGUCUAUAGUUUAUUUCUCGGUCCCAAACCAGUAGUAGUCAUGAAUGGGAUGAAGACCAUAAAGGAGGCUUUGGUGACCAAGGGUGUCGAUUUCGCUGGAAGACCCCAAGACCUGUUUGUCAAUGACAGCACCCAGAGAAAAGGAGUGAUUCUGGCAGAUUACGGUUCUAGUUGGAAGGAGCAACGUCGCUUUGCUCUGAUGAACUUGAGGAACUUUGGAAUGGGGAAGGACAGCAUGGAGGAGAGGAUUCAUGGAGAGAUACAAUAUACUGUGGACACGCUGGAGAAGAGCAUUGGCAAAUCCUUCAGUCCUCAAAACAUGUUUCACAAUGCGGCCUCCAACAUCAUCUGCCAGGUUCUAUUUGGAAAACGCUUUGAGUAUCAGGAUGAGACUAUGAAAACACUUGUUCAAUGCUUCACCGAGAAUGCCAAGAUAGCCAAUGGGCCGUGGGCUAUUCUGAGUAGGCAUCUUUAUGACUCCUUUCCUUUGAUCAGAAGCCUGCCACUGCCCUUCAGACAGGCCUUUAAGAACGUUGAGACAUGUCAGAAGAUUGCAAAAACUUUGAUGAAUGAGCACAAGCAGACCAGAGUGCCUGGAGAGCCGCGCGACUUUGUUGACUGCUACUUGGAUCGGCUGGAUAAGCCGGGUGAUGAUCGGUCGUCCUUUUCAGAAGCGCAGUUGACUAUGUACAUUCUGGAUCUUCACUUUGCUGGGACUGACACUACUUCCAACACUCUCCUUACUGGUUUCCUCUACUUAAUGAACUACCCACAAAGCAUUUGUCAGCAGGAGAUAGACAUGGUGCUGGAGGGAAAGGAUCAGGCCAGUUCUGAGGACAGAAACAACAUGCCUUAUGUGCAGGCCGUAAUCCAUGAAUUCCAGAGAGUAGCCAACACUGUUCCACUCAGCGUCUUCCACUGUACAACUAAAGACACAGAGCUCAAUGGAUAUUCCAUCCCCAAGGGUACUCUGAUCAUCCCUAAUCUCACCUCAGUGCUGAAUGAGGAGGGCCAAUGUAAAUUCCCAAAUGAAUUCAACCCUGAAAACUUCCUCAAUGACCAGGGGUUUGUGAAACCAGAGGCCUUCAUGCCUUUCUCUGCAGGUGUGUAUGUUUCAAUUCUCGUCAAAUCAAUUAUCUUCAUGUAGACCAAAAUCACAAGUAACGAAAUGGCCUGAGGUGGCUUCAGAAUCUGUAUAAUAUGCAACACCGGUUGUCAUGUAGAACGUGUCAUUGCAUUAUAAAUAUGUGUAACACUAGCUUUAUAGUGGUGCUUUUAGUUUAAGAAUAAAUACGAAAGUGGGAUAUUAAUGAAUCA